UGUGCCCUCUAUGUACUAAUGGAUCCAUCCUGACGUGUAUCUGUGUGUUUCCUCAUCUCAGGUGUACGGUGCAGCCAUCCAGUUCUACGAGCCCUACUCCCAGGACUGUCUGACCGACCAGCAGCGCUCUCAGCUGGGUCUGCCGGGGCUGGACCACGGGCCCUCUUCCCCAGCCUCAUCCCCAGCCACCUCCCCCUCCACUCCAGCUCCGGGCCCCAGAGCGCUACACACCAACAAGUGUAUCUGUUUGCUGUCUCACUGGCCCUUCUUCGACGCCUUCCGCAAGUUCCUCACCUUCCUCUAUCGAUACUCCAUCUCUGGACCUCACACCCUGCCCAUCGAGAAGCACAUCUCCCACUUCAUGCACAAGGUCCCCUUCCCCUCCUCUCAGAGGCCCAGGAUACUGGUGCAGCUCUCUCCUCACGACAGCCUGAUGUUGAGCCAGCCUGUGUCAUCCCCUCUACCACUCAGUGGUGGUCGGUUCUCCAUACUGCUGCAGAACCUCGGUCCGGAGAAUGCUAUAACGCUCCUGGUGUUUGCUGUGACAGAACAUAAGAUCCUGGUUCACUCUCUACGGCCCGCUGUUCUGACCAGUGUCACUGAGGCUCUGGUGGCUAUGAUCUUCCCAUUCCACUGGCCGUGUCCGUACAUCCCUCUGUGCCCGCUGGCUCUGGCAGGGGUCCUCUCCGCCCCCUGCCCCUUCAUUGUGGGGGUCGACUCACGCUACUUUGACCUUUACGAACCCCCGCUGGACGUCAGCUGUGUCGACCUUGACACGAACACCAUCUCCCAUAAGCACAGCUUCUUCUUACACGAACACCAUCUCCAGCUGAGACAGUCUAUUCCUCAAGACCCAGAGUGUGGAGACCCAGAGUGUGGAGACCCAGAGUGUGCAGACCCAGAGUGUGGAGAUGUGUAG